UUACACAUCGAUGACAAUGCUGUUGGGACUAACAGAUAAAAUGAAAGGCUAGGAACCGAAAGCAAACUAGAAAUUCAAAUUCUGGGCUGCCAACCCCCUAUAAGAUGAGUGCAAGUACAGUCUACCUGAAAAAUGUGUUGGAGUCUAAAAAUAUCUUGGAGAAAACAAUAUGUUUGAAUCAACCCUUCCCAUGUUCUCCUUUUUAUGCAGUGUUACUAAAGCAAAAGGCAGAAAAUUUAUUUCAUAAAAAAGAAAACCAUAAAGGCUUUGCACAUCUAGUUGAUGCCCACUGUGUUGCCAUCCGACAUGCAGCAGUAAAUGCCCAUCGUGAUAGAGCUAAGAAGAAACUUAGUAAGAGCAAUCCAACAACACAAGGAGGGGAAGAAGACUCAAGAACUAUUUGCCAGUUGGAUCAAUGUUUCCAGUUUACAAAAACCGACUUUCCGACUUGGCUUUACAGUCUUCCUCCUGAAUGGGCAGUUGUUCACAUAUCAGAAAUGUGGCAAGGUCAUGAAAGUUUGAAGAUGCAAGGAUUUGGUCCGCCUCCACCUGUCUACAGUUUACCCAAACUGAUAAUUGCCCGCUUUCAUGGAGGAAAAAAUGGAUCCUUUUUAACAAAAUUCAUAGAUCAACCAGCUGGUGGUUUAUCUGAUGGAAGUUUAUUAGCUGAAUUGAACAAAAUCUUGGAAAACAAUCGCAUCGUUAACAGAGAUUUCCGCGGGAAUCGCGCACAGUACUGGAAACUUAAACAAGAACACCACGAUCAGUUGAAGGUGCUGGUUGAUUCACUUGAAAAUUGGUGGCUAGAUUUUAGCAAAUGUCUACUAAUUGGUGAACUCAGUGAUGCGGCCGAUGUUCUGUUGCUGAAUCGCGUGACUUCAUCUGUAAUACACUUGAUGAAAAAAAUGAAACGAAACGCUACCGUCGACGAGGAAAUUUGGCUUAAACUAUUAAUAUCUUGCCACCCUUACCUUAGCCGUCAGCAAUUAGUCCGUGGUUUGGUGAAAAUACUAAACACCGUAGUUAGAAACCCAUUGAUCACCGAGCUGGUUGGUUAUUUCAAAACUGUGCAGCCUGAACUUGAAAAGUUGAGAUAUGCCAAGCGGAAUCCAGUCAUCCUCGUGCUAGAUAAGGUUAUUCAACAAUUACCAUGGGAAAGUAUCGCGAUGCUAGACACAACACCCGUCUCUCGGAUACCAUCUCUCCAUUUUCUAAAUUCGCUUACAUUAAAACAUACGCUUCAUCGAUCUGUGCAAAAUGCACCUCGAAGCGUCAUCUCUCCUAGGACAAACCUGAAGUUACCAUCAAUUGGCGUUGAAGUAAAUCCAAAUCUAGCCUACUACAUACUCAACCCAGGACAAGAUCUUCCUGGAGUUCAAUUACGACUUCAGCCAAUUUUAGAAAAAAUAUGGGGGAAACAUUGUGGUCUAAGUGGAUCUAUCCCUGUCGAGCAACAGAUCAAACAAUCUUUAAUGGAGCGGGACAUUUUUUUGUACUGCGGUCAUGGUUCAGGCUCAAAAUACAUGCCGAACGAUCAUUUGAUUAAACUAGAUUGUCGCGCGACACCUAUUCUUAUGGGGUGUUCUAGUGGACAACUAACUGGAAGCGGAAGGAUAGUCGAUCCGACCGGAGCACCUAUCUGUUACCUUUUGGCUGGAAGCCCGGGGAUGAUUGGAAUGUUAUGGGAGGUGACGGAUGUCGAUUGCGAUCGGUUUACUGUUCGCCUUCUCGAUCUUCUUUUGGGAGCCCGGAAGCGUGACAGGAUAGGAAAACAAAAUCAAACACCGCCCAAUCUGAAGACGAAUAAAACAGACCUACCGUCUCCCCCAGAACAGUUAGAACCUGAAGUCCUUCGUGCUGUGGCACAGGCUCGUCCCAUUACUAAAAACUUUUUAACGGGAGCUGCAGCAGUGGUAUAUGGCCUACCGAUUCGCACCCUCGAUUUCAAUGCUAAUAAUUCAUAAUCCGUGAUGACGAACGCUCCUUUAUCGUCCCACAAAAGAAUAUUGUUCUACAACGUCUGUCCCUCCUGGGUUUAAAAGAAAGUGUACAUUUUCUGAAACACAAUAUCUACUGUAUAAUUAAAUACCUUUUUACAUUGCUUUUUCA